AUGUGCGUAGCUAGAGGCAAGAUGGCUGCGUAUAGGUCCGCGGUGCUUGGAGCUAGUACUUGGCGGCAGGGGCUGCCUCAGCGUUUAGCAGGGGUAGUCAUGGCGGCGGCGAGUAUCGGCCGGUGUCUUUCUUUCCCUGGGGUAGCGGGCGGCCUGGUAGCAAGGGGUUAUAUAGGGUUGGGGGCUCGCAGUCAUCUUGCCUACAGGGCAGCGGGGAAGAGCGGCCGCCCAUUAGUUAGAACUACUUGGCUGGCAGUGAGGGGCUACAGAGCCGGGGGUUGGUGGAGGGAGUCGAACAGUAGGAGCAGGAAGGUGCUGGGCCUGGUCUUUGUGCUGGGGGGCUCCCUGGGAGUUUUUCAGGCGCUGCAGUCCUCAUUUGGGGAACAGGGGGCGGAGGAGAAGCAGCAGGCCGAGGAUGGAUCGUUCAAGCUGACCCUGUUCCAGUACAAAACCUGCCCGUUCUGCAGCAAAGUACGCGCCUUCCUCGACUAUUAUCAGUUGCCUCAUGAGAUCAUAGAGGUCAAUCCAGUCAUGAGACGGGAGAUAAAAUUCUCCAGCUACAGAAAGGUUCCCAUCCUGAUUGCAGACUCCAGCUCUUCCUUGCAACUCAACGACUCCUCUGUUAUUAUCAGUGUGGUGAAGACUUUCCUCACUUCCAAGAAAACCUUGGAGGAAAUCUUGUCCUAUUAUCCAUCUAUGAAAGCUGUGAAUGACAAGGGGAAGGAGGUGAUUGAAUAUAAUAAUAAUAAGUACUGGCUGAUGCUGGAUGAGCGGGAGACUGAGCAAGUCUAUCAUACCAAAGAAUCCCGAGUUGAUGAGAUGAAAUGGCGCCGAUGGGCAGAUGAUUGGCUUGUGCACCUUAUCUCUCCCAAUGUGUAUCGGACCCCUCAUGAAGCCUCCUUUGACUACAUUGUCCGAGAGGGAAACUUUGGCACGGUGGAAGGCUUGUUUGCUAAAUAUAUAGGAGCCGUCGCAAUGUAUAUCAUCGGCAAAAGGCUGAAGAGCAGGCACUACCUUCAGGGCGAUGUGCGACAUGACCUGUACUCCCCAGCCAAGGGAAUGGACAAGCACAGGGAAUUUAUGGGAGGAUCUCAGCCAAACCUUGCCGAUCUGGCUGUGUACGGGGUGCUACGAGUUAUGGAGGGAUUGGAAUCUUUCAAUGAUAUGAUGAUCAACACUAAAAUCAAACCCUAGUACGAGUGCAUGGCUACAGUUGUUUAUAGGCCUGUAGACUGAGAGUGAGCAGCUGAAGAGGAGAGAGCUGACUGCACUGACCUUCCAGGUUUUACUAUGGCAAGCAGAAACCCAGGGAUGAACAAAGCUGAAGCACUUAGUCUUAAAAUGAUACAUUCAGUUGAAUGCUGGGAAAUCCCAGAAUGCCUUUUGCUGAAGUCUUGUGCUUGCUGGGUUAGGAAACGUUAAAAAAAAUCUAUAGUGUGGUUUGGAUCUUAACUAUCACUUAUAGAACACUGUGUUUAGUGGCCUGUAUGGCUUCUUAAUACAAACAUAAAGCUCAGUUUGACUAACAAUUCGAUUUGGACUGCUGGACAGUGAAGGCAGCGCGUUUGAUGCGCUUCCUAUACCAAUGGACUAUUGCACUUGUUUUCCAUUAGGAUAUUUUGCGAGAUUGUGUAAAAUCUCAAUAAACAGGUAGAACUAUA